AUGCAGCUCUUCUCUGUGAGUGGUAUCAAACUUAAGUCACUAAUUUCUCCCAAUCACCCUUAAACCAUCAAUGCAGUGCAAACCAAGACAGGUGCUGCUGCCUAGGUUUAAUCUCUCUUUAACGAGAUAAAAUUCCUUGCUCAGACCUCCCCAGACGAAGCCGAAGCAUAUAGGCAAAUAGCUGAGAGACUAAUGAAGUUAUCAGAUUAACUCGAUGUAUUGUAAAGCUGCAUGGCAGAUGUUGAAACUGGAAAGUAUAAACCAACUGAGAGUGUAGUUUCAGUCUCAAAAAAAGAGGAACCAGUUGAGGAUGAAGAUGAAGACGACGAUGAAUAUGAAGAUGAUGAAGAUGAUGAUGAUGAAGAUGAGGAUGAAGACGACGACGAUGAAGAUGACGACGAUGAAGACGACGACGAUGAGGACGACGAUGAUGAUGAUGAUGAAGACGAGGAUGAAGAGGAAGAAACAGUCGUAUAGGAACCAAAGACUGAUACUACGACUGAAACUUCACCUGCAAUCACCGAAGAAGCAGCAGAAAAAUUAGUUGAAAAGGUUGAAGAAGUAAAGCCAUCAGAUAUUAAAGAAGCAGUUGCUGAUAUCAAUACUUAACAAGUAGAGCAGAUUGUUUAGAAUAUUGUUAAUACAGAGGAAGGAAAAUCACUAACUGAAGAUGAACUUGCAGAGAAAGUACAGUAAGAACUAGCUAAGGAUGUACUUACCACUGUUAUUGAUUAAACUCCAACAGCUUAAGAAGAAAAGAAAGAUGAGGCUGCUGCUGUAGUUGCAAAGAUUGAAGAUGUUAGCUCUUCAGAUAUCAAGUCAGCUGUCACUGAUAUUGUUUAACAGAAAGUGGAAGAAGUCGUUUAAAACAUUGUUAAUUCAGAUGAGGGCAAGUAAUUAACAGAGGAAGAAUUAGCAGCAAAAGUAAAAGAAGCAUUGUCUAGUGAAGUUAUUAAUCAAGUUAUUGAUUAAGCUGUAACUUCUCAAGAGACAACUGCUACGACUGAAGGCACUACUGAGACAACAACAACUUAAUCUGAAACUACAUCUCCCACUUAAGCUGGGGAAAAUCAGGCAGAGACCACAACAGAGCCUACCACUGAGUCAACAAAUACUGCUCCCACCACUGAAGAAACAACUACUGCUGCACCCACAACAGAAGAAACAACUUCUGAAUCAACUACUGAAGAAUCAACUUCUGAGUCAACUACUGCCGCAUCAACCUCCGAAGAAACAAAUUCUGAAUCAACUACUGAAGAAUCUACUUCUGCUGCACCAACUACUGAAGAAACUACUAAUCAGUCAACCACUGAAGAGUCAACUUCUGCUGCAUCAUCUUCUGAGGGAGCUACUACAGAGUCAACAACUGAAGAAUCAAGUUCUGUUACACCAACUACUGAAGAAACUACUAAUGAGUCAACCGCUGCUUCAUCAAAUGAAGAAACUUAGGAGGGAGAAUCAACAUCUACAGAGUCUUCUUCAUCUGAUGGUUCAGAGACUGAGACAGGCUGA